GUCCUCGGCGCGGCGGCGCGCCCGGCGGGUGGGCUGCUGAGGCGGCUCGGCCCCUGAGCUCGGGGCGCCGCCCGUGUGUGCCCGCUGCCCCGGAGGUAGCGGUGGCUUGGUGCUCGCGGUGCACCGAGAGGGCUAGCGCGAAUAUUCAUCACCCAUAUAAUGGAUUUUAUAGUUCAGAUUGUUUUAUUCUGGAUUUCAUGGUAACAAAACAGGAAGCAUUCUUAAUUUCUCAUUUCUGCAAGUAGUCAUGACUACUGAGAAAAUAAUUUUUUUAAGCUACAACAGAAUUCAUUUUGGUACCUUUUAUGGAAAUCCUGAUUUUGUUUUUAAUUUUUAAUAACUUUUUGCUAAAGGUAUGAAGAAGCAGCUUAUCUUGUUAGGCAAAUACACAUUAAUAAGAAUGUCUAGAAGAGGAUCAAUCCUUCAUACCCGGACCCACUGGCUAUUGUUGGGACUUGCUUUGCUCUGUAGCUUGGUAUUAUUUAUGUACCUUCUGGAAUGUGCCCCUCAAACUGAUGGAAACGCAUCUCUUCCUGGUGUUGUCGGAGAAAAUUAUGGUAAAGAGUAUUAUCAAGCCCUCCUACAGGAACAAGAAGAACAUUAUCAAACCAGGGCAACGAGUCUGAAACGCCAAAUUGCCCAACUAAAACAAGAAUUACAAGAAAUGAGCGAGAAGAUGAAAUCAUUACAAGAGAGAAAGAAUAUAGGGGCUAAUGGCAUAGGCUAUCAAGGCAACAAAGAGCAACCAUCUAGUGAUCUUUUAGAAUUUCUUCAUUCCCAGAUUGACAAAGCUGAAGUUAGCACAGGAGCCAAACUACCCAGUGAGUAUGGGGUUAUUCCUUUUGAAAGUUUUACUUUAAUGAAAGUGUUUCAGUUGGAAAUGGGUCUCACUCGUCAUCCUGAAGAAAAGCCUGUUAGAAAAGACAAACGAGAUGAAUUGGUAGAAGUUAUUGAAGCUGGCUUGGAGGUCAUUAAUAAUCCUGAUGAAGAUGAUGAACAGGAAGAUGAGGAGGGUCCCCUUGGAGAGAAACUUAUAUUUAAUGAAAAUGACUUCAUAGAAGGUUAUUAUCGCACUGAGAGAGAUAAGGGAACACAGUAUGAACUCUUUUUUAAGAAAGCAGACCUUAUGGAAUAUAGACAUGUGACCCUUUUCCGCCCUUUUGGACCUCUCAUGAAAGUGAAGAAUGAGAUGAUUGAUAUUACUAGAUCAAUUAUUAAUAUCAUUGUGCCACUUGCUGAAAGAACUGAAGCAUUUGCACAGUUUAUGCAGAACUUCAGGGAUGUUUGUAUUCAUCAGGACAAGAGAAUUCAUCUCACAGUGGUGUAUUUUGGUAAAGAAGGUCUAUCUAAAGUCAAGUCUAUCCUAGAAUCUGUCACAAGAUUGGCUUCUUCCACAUGGUGAGGGAUAUGACUGUUGGCGGCUCUGGGCUCACAUCUUCUCAGCUUUGCCAUCAGAGAGGAAAGAGCUUUCUCCCAGCUCCAGUUGAGGAAAUCCCAGGGAAGGACAUUUUGCCCACUCUUGAGCCAAUCACUAUGGCCAGGUGGGGCAGGGGUUUUGUGAUUGACCCCACUUGAGCCUGUUCCCCACUCCUAGGAAAUCAUGUGGUUGGGCUGGGUAGAAUGAAGGGUAUUCUGUAAUCAGUGCUUCUGCUUGGUACUGGACAUGCAGGGUGGUAAUGGACAGUUUCCACAAAAGAAGGGAGAGAUUUAUAUGCCAUAAAAUGAGGAGGAGAGUCAUGGGCACCUAGAGCACUUAGAGUCCACUCCAUGCAUUAUUUGAGCCUUUACUUCCAUUUCUCCGUUACCCAUGCUAUACUGUUGUAGGAGUAAUCUUCCUCACAUGUUCCUGUUUUUGAUUCAACUGUAUCCUAGUGCAGUGGUUCUCUAGCUUUAGUGUCAGAGGCAUCUGGAGGGCUUACUGAAACACAGAGGCUUAGUUCCACCCUUUGCCUCUGAGUCAGUAUGUGAGAUGGAACCUGAGAAUUUGCAUCUAACAAUGUGCCAGGGGGUGCUGAUGCAGUGGGUUUGAGGGCCUCAGGGUGAGAACCACUGUCCUAGCAGAAAACCAUACUGACUCCCCCCUUGCCUUUUGGGUUCUUUAACCUUGCAUGGUAGGUACACCUCAAUCUGAGCCUCCUCUCAUUGUUCCCAUUUUAGAGACCCUUUGUUCCCAUCUGAUUUGUCUGACCUCUAAAUGCUUUCUACUUUCUUACCUCUUUUGCUUUUGAGAACAAUUAUUUGGAAUGACUCACCACUGCCUUCAGGAUUUUAACCCAGGCAUAACUCAAGUCCUGCUUCUAAUAUCUUCUCUAACUACUCCAGACAUAGCAAUCUCUUCCCAGAACUGCUGUUCAUUCAUUCAUUCAUUCAGCAAAUACACAUUGAACUCCUACUCUGUGAGGACUCUGUGUGCAUAGUAUGAACAAAACAAAAUCCCUGCUCUCAUGGAGUCAGGGAGACAAACAAAUAUAUCUGGUGAUACUAAGGAAAACAGCCAGGGAAGAGGAUGGAAAUUAAAGAGUGGGAGGUUGGACUACUUCUGAAAUGGUAUCUGGAAGUAUCACCCUGACAAGGGGGCAUUUAUGCAGAGACCUUAAAGAUGCCCUAAAAGCUCUCUUUGUGUGUAUCAUUCAUGUAGAAUUUAUUAUUGUUGUUGUUACUAUCAUCAUCAUCAUCAUCAUCAUCAUCAUCAUCAUCAUCAAAUAUGAUGGCUAUUUUUCCAUGGAUGUAUUUCCUAUCUCCCUGAUAGGUUUUUAGGAUUUCAAGGGUCAGUGGCCAGUUGGUAACUAGAAGUCUCAUACCACCAAUGUAUUUCCUCAAUUGUGGGCAUUUAGUGAAUAUCUGUCUCUGUUGAUGGGAAGUUGAUGAUUUCCUUUCCCUUGUGUGAAUAUAAAACCAACAUAAUAAAAUAUUUGAAGUAUAAAACAUUUUGUAAGUUCUGUUGAAGAAAAAGUAUUGUUAACUUUAAGUGGGACUUAGCAUUUGUUGU